GUAUAUCGGACAUAUUUUGGAAUCUAUGGGCGUUGCAGUUAAAGGGAAAAAGUAUGAAGCCAGAUACUGGCUAUACUACUUAUCCUCCAAAGGAGAAAACAGUGCUAGUGCUAGUUCCACUGCAGAAGAAAGCUCAUCAGACAAUGUUCCACUCAUCAAUUUCACAAAGACUACCAAGAGAAAGCAUGUGGUGUCUCCUUCUCCCAGUGCUGAAGCACCACAGAAUCUUGCUCCAAUAAAUCUUGAAGAAGAAGAAGAAUCCUCUGACCAAGGAGAACAUCAAAGGAAGAAGAAGAGGAAGAUCAACUCUCCAUCAACAUCUGGAAAUGUCAAUCCGGAUGAGUUGAAGGAGAAGGAACCUGCUGAGGAAACCUCUGCUCAAAACCGGAGCCCUCAACAACUUGAAGAAGAAAUUGCUCAAGUCCAAAGCCUUCCAACCUCAUCACCUCAACCUCAAAGAGAUGAUGCAGAUAACCAAUUCUGGCAGCUCUACUAUGGUUGGAAAGCCUGGAAAGUUGGAAAUUCAGCAGAGCAACUGUUGAAUUGGGACCAACAACUGAAGAAUGAGAAGCUCAUCAAAAAGUGCUUAGGAAUACCAGUCAACCAAAACUGUGAACAAAUUUUGGAUGACUACUGGGUAUGGCAAAGGAAUCCUGAAGACUUGCAUCUAGAAUACCUGGCCAACACACCAGUUUCUGACUUUGAAGCAGAUGAUGAAGAUCCUGCAGUCUUCAAGUCAGUCUUCUCAAAAGACACAGAAGAUCAAGUGGUUUUCACUUCUGAAGCACAAGGUGUUUUGAAAGCAGCAGCUGAAGAUUUCCAAACAAUUCCGGAAACCUCACAUGUUUCUGAAAUGGUUCUAACUGAAGUUGUAGAAGAGAAGGCAACCUCACCCCCACAAGAACCGAACCAGGAAACAGCAGAAGAAGAAGAAUUUAAGCCACUAAUCCGAUCUCAAGUUUUGGAGAUUCUCACCACUCCUUGUGACAUCUCCAAUCCUACUGAAAUUGAGAUCUCGGAGAAGUCAGCAGAAAUUCUGGAACAGUCAGCUCUUCCAGAAACAAUGGAGCAAGCUGUUGAAGCACAAAGGAAUUCUGGAGAAGCUGAAAAGGAAACUCAAAUGGCAGAACUAGAGGUCUCUCAAACUCCAGUAGCCAUUUUUGAAGAAGAGAAUACAGCUAAAGAAAGAGACUCCCUCUCUAGGGAUAUAUCAAAUUUUGCGCUUGAUGAAGCGGAAGGAGAGUCUGAAAGAACACUGAAGGUUACUCAUGAAGAAGGUGUACAAGAAGAUGCUGAAUCUCUUCCUCUGCAACUCUUCCAAAGAACACCACCAUCUCAUCAGGUAACCAAUUUUCAUUUCCAUAGCUCUUCCACCCCUACUCUUCCGGAUGAGAUACCGGAAAUCUGGACAAAGAAGGUCCAAGGGCUGAUUGAAUCAGCCCUAGCAUAUCAACAUGCCUCCUUUAGGCAAGAGAUAGAGCAAAUGGAAGUCAGGCACACCCAGCUGAUAGAGAAAUCUGAAGGAAAACACAGCGCAGAUCUCAAAGAAAUAAGCAAAUCAGUGCAGAAGACUCUGGAGAUUAUCUCUCUAUUGAGUGAAACUCUUCUGGUUGAAGAACAGAAGUUGUUGGUGUUUCCGGAUGGAUUCGCACUGGGUCGCCAUUUCCGGAAUUAUCGCCGUUUGAGAGAUCCAGAAUAUUGGAAGGCUGGCCAAAAUUUCCGGAGGGCUCAGCACUGUCUAAAUCCGGAUUUCUCUGUGAAGUCUUCAGAGGCAGACUUUUGAAUAGAAUGAACUCCGUGGGCUUCAUUCUAUCUCUUUCAUUGACUUCUUCAUCCUUGUCUGAUAGAUCCAGAACCUCACGGUCAUGCUUUGACGGCU